GCAAGCGUCGUCAGGCAGGCCGGGUCAAUAACAAUCGGGCAGGUAGGUGCAGAGGGUCAGGCAGAGAGUGGUCGGGGUCACAAGCCAGGGAUCAAACAGGAGAAGUCAGCAGAGGUCAGGAUCAGGCAGGGUCGGCAACAAAUCAGUCAGACAGGAACAGGAACAGGGAUGCAGGUUACAAGGUACAGGGCCCAGGAAAAACACACACCAAGGCACAGACUGCAGGUCUGGCCAUCCCUUAAAUACACCUCCGUAAUCAGCCUCAGGUGUUUGGCUGGCUGCAGGGGUGAGUCUCUGAUUGCUGAGAGCACCCGCUGGCCAGCCCUGGUACUGCAGCCCACAAGGCAGGUGAGUCCCACCAUUAUUGGCAAGUCCAUUCCUGACAUU